ACUUCUCGAAAAUGCAUAUUAGUUGCGAUGAAGUUGUAACCAACUUCAACCAUGUGAACGUUCUGCAAGUUGAGCCGAUAGACAACAAUCGUCUUUUUUAGAUCCACGACAGUCACUAGUCGGCAUUCAUUCUCUCAGGUAGGCCGGACUACUUUAGACUGAGUUUAGUAAGCGUAAUUACAAAGCCCUCUGACAUUCUCACGGUCUCCGUCCCCUCCCUUCCCUUGAAAAAAAACGCAAGGCGGCCAUCAAUGCAAUUUCCAUGGAAGAACAACACAAAAAACCGCCAGCACCGACUUCCCUUUUAUGCUACAGUUGCUUUGUUCAAAUCUGUUUUAGUGGGUGUCCAUUCCCUCUCCAUUCAUUUCCUGAGGUACUCUCUCUGCAACUGAACCAGCAGUAACGCUGACUCUACUUCACUUUUUUGGGCAAAGAUGCAGGCCUUCACACUUUCCAGACUAAUCUAUGUUCUUUGCUUCCACGGAAGAAAUUCUCUCUCAUUAUGGGGGGAAAUCCAGACCGAUCACCUUUGGUGAGGCGACCUCCACAUGACUCCUUUUGCUUUUCCUGAGGGGUUUAAUCUUCAUUCAUGGCGUUUCACCAAUGCCAUCUUACCCUCUACAUCGGCUCUUCCUCGUCCUUCAAGUGUCAUUCUACCUUCUUGAUACCCUUUCCUUGCAGAAAACGGCCUACCCAUGUCUCCUUUCUGCCUGCACUGAACAGUACGGGACUCGGGCUGACGGUGGGCAAUGGUGCUGUAUCCAGGGAGUCAAAGGUCCUCGGAGAUUUCGAUCUCGAAAACGAAAUUUUCGAAUUUAUGCAGAACUCGGAGAAGCCCGACUCGUUUCCCACCAAGGAAGAGUUGAUGGCAGCCGGGCGGGUAGAUUUGGUGAACGCCAUUCUGGCCGAAGAUGGCUGGCUUUCGGCUGGUUGGGUGGAGGAGGAAGAACGGAAUGUGCAUCUGGAGACUGGGACAGGAAGUGGGUAUGCACUGCGGAAUUCGGUUGACGGCUUACCCUCUUAUUCAUUGGCCUCGUAUUCAUCUUCGGUUGUGUCGAAGUCUUCUUCUUUGGGUAGAUUAACAGAAGCAGAGCAUAGUAGUGAGGGGAUUGAAGGUAUAUUGAACCGGUUGGAGAAAGAAAGAGCAGCUUUCUACCCACUGGAAUCUCGAAAGAGAGAUGAAACUAGACUAGAGAGAGAGAGAACAAUGGAGCAGACAAGAUAUUCUUGGGGUAACCUGACAAAGAUGUAUGGUGGCCAACUGCGCAGGCCGUCGGAAGCAAUGAGCACCGCUGAAGGAGCAUUAUCUUUUCCAUCCCAAAUGACUAAUAUCUUUCUGGAUCGCUCUGGGGAGCAAUGCUGCACUGAAUUGUCUUUUACUAGAGAACAUAAUAGUUCCAAUCCUCAUCAAGCAUCGGAAAUACAAACCUCCGAAAAAGAUGAUUAUUUGAAAACUGAUUUUGAAGAUGCAAUAUACUGCAAAGAAGAGUGGGACAUGGAUGGUAAAAAAAGAUACCGUGAGAGUUACCAAGAGUGCAUGCAUUCGCGUAUUGAGAAAUUGGAAUCAGAGUUAUCGGCAAUGGUUCACUUAGUAAGGUCUGGAGAAGAUGCACCUAAUUGGAGCGAGAAAUGCAGAAAUUCCUUGGAGAAAUUGCAUGAUCUUUGUGAAGCUUGGGAGUUCCAGGAAAACGAAAUUAUGAAAUCUCAUGCUAAAUUGCGAGCUACUCGUGCUAAGCUAUCAAUCCUAGAAGGCAAGAUGGCGCUCAAGAUUAUGGAAGCGCAGAAAGUAGCAGAAGAAAAGCGAAGCGAGAUUGAAGAGGGUCAAUGCCUUCUAAGUCUUCUGAGGACAACCUCCAUAGUCUGGUCUAAUUCAGGCGAUGAUGUUUUGUUAGUUGGAUCAUUUGAUGGAUGGACAAGCCAGAGGAGAAUGGAGAGAACAAGUUCGGGUGUGUUUGUGCUGAACCUGAAGUUAUACCCCGGCCGGUAUGAGAUAAAGUUCAUUGUUGAUGGUAUGUGGAGAAUUGAUCCACUUCGCACUGUUUUGAGCAACAAUGGGCAUGAAAAUAACCUACUUGUCGUUUCUUGAAUUAGUGAAACCUUCUUGUCCAUUUCCUAUGAAUAUCUUUAUUAUUGUAAAAUCUCUCUCUCUCUCUCUCUCUCUCACAGUGCAGUGAAAGGUUAGAAAGAAAGAGAGCCCGUCCAUGGUGGAGUAACUAAAACAUGUUCGUAUUUUUUUUUUCUUUGGAAACAGAUGGCAUUGUAUAGUAGGUUAAAAGAAUUUUGAAAAUUGAGCUGGGUUUUGUUUACCACAAUCAGGGCUACGUUUGUAAAUUUUUGAAAUUUCAUGACA